UGAAAAGUUGUAAAUAAUUACUUCCAUUUGUAACACAUAGAAAAAAUUCCACUUAAGAUUUUACUUUAGUUUCACUUUCUGUGAAAAUUUAAGUUUAAUUAAUUUACAUUUUUUAGGUGUUACUAACUGAAGUAAUUUUUUAAGUUCCAACUUUUUACGUUUUAAUACAUGGCAGCAUGAGCUGAAAUGUUCAUUAUGAUGUUGAACAGACUGUUUAUUAAUCUGUCUACAGGUUUUGUGAGUUGCAGCGAAUGGACAACUUGACAUUUACAAACAGCCUUCUGCUGGUGGAGGGACUGAAAGUUACACCUCAGUCAUCUUAUCCUGUUUUUAUCCUGCUUCUGUUAGCUUAUAUUUUUGCAAUGGGAUGUAACAUUAUACUUAUAAUUCUCAUCUCAACACAGAAGAAUCUGCAUCAUCCUAUGCAUUUCCUGUUUUGUAAUCUACCACUGAAUGAUAUACUGGGUACCACUGUCAUGUUGCCACGCUUGUUACAGGAUAUUUUAAAAGAAGCUUCUGAGCGAUAUAUAACAUAUGUGGAGUGUGUUGUUCAAGCUUAUUUUGCGCAUAUAUUUGCAGCAGCAUGCCACUAUGUGUUGAUGAUAAUGGCCUUUGACCGAUAUAUAGCUAUAUGUAAUCCAUUACGAUAUUCAUCCAUUAUGACAAAUAAAAUGGUGAUUACAUUAUCGGCAUCAGCCUGGGGAUUGGCAGUAUUAUUAGUGUCUAUUAUGUUAGGCCUCACAAUACGCCUCUCUCGCUGCAGAUAUAAAAUUGAAAAUCCUUUCUGUGACAAUGCCUCACUGUUUAAACUGUCCUGUGAAAAUGUAUCUGUUAAUAAUGUGUUUGGACUCAUUUACACUGUUAUUUUUUUUACUUUAUCAGUUGGGUCUAUAUUUAUAACGUAUUUCAAGAUUGCUACUGUGUGCAUUACCAGCAAAAACAAAUCGCUCAACAGCAAAGCCAUAAAAACCUGCAGCACUCAUUUAGCUGUUUACUUAAUAAUGCUUGUAUCUGGAUCCACUGUGAUUUUUCUCCAUCGUUUUCCUGAAUACUCUGACAGCAGGAAACUAGCUAGUAUUAUUGUUCACAUUGUACCACCAGGAUUAAAUCCUUUAGUAUACGGUUUACAAACCAAAGAGAUAAGAGAAAAAAUGUUUAAACUUGUUGGGCGUAGAAACCAAGUCAUAGCAAAUAAGUAAAUAGUAAGGGCGGUUUCCCUGACAGAGAUUAGACUCGUCCUAGACUAAAAUAAAUUUAAGAGCUGUUCUGAAAACAACUUGCACUGAAAUAUUUUGAAAUACAUCGGUGCCCUUUGUUUUUGCCUCAAAAUGCACACAAGUAAUGUUUUAGUAAGGCGUGUUUGUUAAAACUAGUUAUCUUUCCUAAUUAAAUUUAGGCCUAAUCCUAGUUUAAAAUAAUCUCUGUCCGGGAAACCACCCCAUAAUGUUUUACUAAGGUAUUAAAAAUUAUCUAUAAAAAAUAUA